AUGGGACCAGCAAACCAGACAUGUGUGUCAGAAUUCCUCCUCCUGGGACUUUCUGAGAAACCACAGCAACACCUUCCCCUCUUUGGGCUCUUCUUGGGCAUGUACAUGAUCACCGUGGUUGGGAACCUUCUCAUCAUACUGGCCAUUAGCUCUGACUCCUACCUCCACACUCCCAUGUACUUCUUUCUCUCCAAUCUGUCGCUGGUGGAUAUAUGUCUAGUUACUACCUUGGUCCCCAAGAUGCUGGUGAACCUCCUAACACAGAAUAAGGCCAUCUCCUAUGCUGGGUGCUUUGCUCAGACGUACUUCUUCAUGACUUUUACUUGUUCAGACAAUUUACUCCUCACUGUGAUGGCCUAUGACCGCUUUGUAGCCAUCUGUCACCCUCUGCACUAUGCCACCAUAAUGAGUCCAUGGAUUUGUGGCCUCCUGGUUCUAAUGGCAUGGACUAUUAGCCUUCUAAACUCCAUUCUCCAAAUUCUAAUGGUGACCAGAUGCAUGGGGCCAGAAAACCAAACACUUGUAUCAGAAUUUCUCCUCCUGGGACUUUCUGAGAAGCCAGAGCAGCAGCUGCCCCUCUUUGGGAUCUUCCUGGGGAUAUACAUGGUCACUGUGGUUGGAAACCUUAUCAUCAUGUUGGCCAUUGCCUCUGACUCUCAUCUCCACACCCCAAUGUACUUCUUCCUUUCUAAUCUGUCAUUUGUUGAUCUUUGUCUGGUAUCCACUACAGUCCCCAAGAUGCUGCUGAAUAUCCUAACAGACUGUGAGGUUAUCUCCUAUGCUGGAUGCCUUACCCAAAUGUAUUUCUUUAUGGUUUUUGCUUUCUUAGAUAAUUUUCUCCUCACUGCGAUGGCCUAUGACCGUUUUGUGGCCAUUUGUCACCCUCUGCACUAUGUCACCAUAAUGAAUCCAUGGGUUUGUGGUCUCCUGGUUCUGAUCUCAUGGACUAUUAGUCUUCUAAACUCUACUCUCCACACUUUACUGGUGACACAGUUGUCCUUCUGUAGCAAACAAGAACUUCCUCAUUUUUUCUGUGACAUUAGUCAGGUUACAAAACUCUCUUGUUCUGAUACCCUCAUCAAUGACAUCUUAGUGUACUUUGCAACUGGUCUGCUGGGUGUUCUCCCCCUCACAGGGAUCCUUUUCUCUUAUGGUAAGAUAUGUUCCUCCUUAUUGAGAGUUCCAUCUCUUAGGGGAAAAUAUAAAGCCCUUUCUACCUGUGGGUCUCACCUCUCUGUUGUUUCAUUAUUCUAUGGCACUGGACUUGGAGUAUAUCUGAGUUCCUCAGCUACCCGCUCCUCCUGGAAGACCUCAGUUGCCUCGGUGAUGUAUUCUGUGGUCACCCCCAUGUUGAAUCCCUUCAUCUACAGCAUGAGGAACAAGGAUAUAAAAGAUGCUAUGAGGAGAGUUAUUAGCAAAGUGCCUCCCUCUCAUUGA